AUGGCCUUUCGACCAAACGUGCUUCUUUUGUCGGCUUCAUCCCUUGAUAACUUAUGUUUUUCUAAACUCUUGCUUAUCUCAGGCACAUCUCCACCCUUUGAUGGGGAUGCUCCUGAGAAAUCCUCUGAUGAUGAUGAGCGCCCUAUUGCUCAUGUCUUGAAAAACCCAGGUCAACCACGUUCGACAGACCCCACUGUCUCCUCUCACUCCAAAAAAUCCAAAAAACACAAACGCUCUACCGCCACAGGAUCUGAGCCGACUUCCCAUCCAUCUUCUCAACACUCCCACAAAUCCAAAAGCCAUCAGGGCCACAAAAGGAAGAAGCACGAUUCUCCCUCUAGGAGUGGUGAAACCAAGAAAAAGAGACACCAUAAAGUGCUCACUCCAGAGGCUCCUGCUUUAGAUGCCGACACUAUUAUGGUCGACACUUCCAUUCUUAACAAGGCCCUUGAUCCAGCUAUGGGGGCUUCGCAGUCGACUAGCACCCCCGCUGUUGUUGUUUUGGGGAAAGAAAAUCCAGAUGCAGUUUCCCCUGCGUCGACACAGCAGGCUGAUGCUUCUGCUGAGCCAUCUCACCCUGUCGCCGACUAUACUCCUUGGUCGCCGGCUUCUUCUCCAGCUCACCCACUACAAUCUGUCGACACCGUUGGUGAGUUCAUUGGCUUCCCUAUCCAGAUUAGUGAUAGUGACUCUAACUCAGUCACUAGUCCUGCAACAUACACGGAUUCCAGUUCGACUAGUUCUGACUCUAGUCUUUCUUCAGCUUCAUUGCUUUUGCAGGAUCCAAGGGGACCAGGGUUGGCGAUAAAGCCUUCUGCCUUAGAAGCAAUUGCUAGGAUCCGUAACCUAGUGAGAUCGCGUGAUGCUUCUUCUGACUCUGAGCAGCUUCACCAGUCUGGCAAAUUGGGUUCUGAGGCGACGAAGACCAAAGUUUUAAUGGACAAAGUUCACUUUCACGCCUUGAAUCCUGACCUCCCUUUUGUGCUCAUGCAUGAACCUGUUGUCGGUCUAGAGAUCUUGCGCGUGCUUGCCCAACUUAAAGAUCUUCAGCUCUCAGAAUAUGCCAAGCGUGCAACGGCCGCUUUAGAACAACUUCUGGUUCCCAUGUUGCGCCAUCUCGACAACGUUAGGGAAAAUGAACGCCAGAUUGCAUCUACUGAGGCCUUUGUGAAGGAAAAGUGGGAGUUGGUGAUGAAUGCCGACGCAGAGGUCACUGUCAUACGGUGA